AUGUCGGCUCAGGUUGCCAAGUCCCCGUACGCCACACCAAACGACCAAACGUUCCGCUGCACCGCCACAGCUGCGCCAUUGGCCCUAUGGCCAAUCAGAAAAUAUAUCAUCAUAAGCAGCCAAACGACGGUCACCAGGACUACCGUAUUGAUUCCGAACCAGCUGAAAGGGCAUGAUAUCCAUCCCGAUCCUCUGGAGAUAUCCUUGUUAUUAGACCCGUCACCUGGUGCUACACUGCCCCCUACUCACAAUGCCUCCCAAACCAACGAAUUGGGCCAUGUACGGCAAGAUGCUAGUUGCCCCUAUAGUGGUGCCGUAUGCUGCAUCGGUGGCCCAGCACUUGUUAUCUACGUCUCGCCUACCGAGGAAGAGCUCUUCCAAAAAUACAGCCCUGAAAUCCAGAAGCGGAGUCUGGAGAAUCGGUUUGAGAGACAGCAGGAGUUCGAUAACUUUGUCACAAAGUUGAAGGAGUAUUCGAAAUCUGAUAAGCCAAUUUGGGAAGUGGCGGCUCAGGACGAAAAGGCCCAGAGGAAAGCGAAAAUUGCGGAGCAGGCUAAGUUGGUUGAGGAGAUACGGAAGAAGAAGGAGGAGAUGCAGAAAUCGGGAGAGACACCUGUGACUGGGGGAAGCUUAUGA